UUUAUUUGAAUUCGAUGUAAUAUUAUAUUUUCCAUACCAAUAUAAAACCAACUGUAAGUUAAUAAAUUAUUAAUGAAAGUAUUGUAAUUUAAAUCAUAAUUUUUCAGAAGAAAAUGUUUUUUCUUUAAAAAUGGUCUACUUUUAUAUAUAGUGUUUUUCAAACUUACAGUGUUUUGUAUUUAAACUUUUACAUCAUGAUAUCAUACUCGAAUUAAAAUCUUAAUGUAUCACAAUAAAUUAUUAUAUGUAAGUAAAUUUUGUGCUGUUAUUGUUUAUCAUUAUCAAAUAGUUCGUAAUAUUUAAUUAAAUAUGUAUGAAGUUUCAUAUUUAUUACAUUUUACUUGAUACAGAAAUAGUAGAUAUAGGUAUAAGUUAUGGUUACUAUGGUAACAAUUUUCCAAACAAUAAUGGUGAUAGUAAUUAUGUACACCAAGUAUACAUAAAUAUGCAGCCACUAAAGAUAGUUCUUAUUGGACCCAUUAGGAGUGGUAAAACAACGAUAGCUAAUUUUCUUGCGGAUGCUACAGAAGUACCCUACGAUUAUUAUCCAACUCAAGGUGCUCGAAUAUUAGAAUUUGAAGUAAAUAAUAUAAGUGCGGAUAAUAAGUAUAUUACGAAAGAUAUCGAAUUGUGGGAUUGUAGUGGAGAUCAUAAAUUUGAAAAUUGUUGGCCCGCUAUAAGAAAAGAUUUACAUGGUGUUAUACUUGUGUAUAGUGAAAGAUCAAACGACUGUUUAAAAGUACUUCAACAAUUAUAUGAUUAUUUUAUUGACCAAAUAAAAUUAGGUCCAGACAAAUGUGUAAUAUUCUGUUAUGAUCCUGAAAAUAAAAAUCCUGAGAUAUCAAAAAUUAUUUCAUCAACAUUUGUGAAAGUAUCCCAUGUAAAAUGCAAUAUAGAAAGUGGUGGAAAUAAACUAAGAGCUGAUUUUUCCGCAUUCUUGAGUACAAUACUUAGCAAAAUGCACAAUUAUAAUGAACAAGAAGAUAAGAAUACUUCAAUUAAUAGCAUAUUAUUUACAAAAUAAUGUAAUGUGUUGUAUGAUUGUUAUAUAACAUUUUUAUAUAUGGGGUGAAGGAAUAACAACUGUCAUAUGAAAUAAUUUUUUAUUUAUUCAUUCCAGUAAAUUAUUUCGUAUGAAAUCUAUAUUUACAUAUUGUAACGUAUUUUAUGCAUAAUCAAUAAACUAAAUAAUUAAAAAAUGCAAUUUAAAAAAAUACAGUUUUACCCUUAAAAAUCUUCCGUAUAUUUUGUCUUAAACAUUAAUUCUAAAGUUGAAGUUAUUAAAAGUAUAUA